CUCGCGGCCGCCGCCGCCCCGCGGGGGCGCCGCGGUGCGGAGCGCGGAUGGCCUCGGCCGCGCCGGCGGGGCAGCCACCGGGGGACGAGGGCGCGGCACGCGUCGGCUCGCCGGGCGCGGGAGCGCUGGAGCUGGAGGCGGCCGCAGGAGCGUGGAAGCAGCCGGAAGGCGGCGUGCCGGGGCCCGGGCGGGAUCUGCAGCAGGACAUCGUCGCGUCGUGCGAGCGCGAGGUCUGGAUCAAGAUCCAGGAUUUGCAGUUGCGGCUGCAGAAGGAAAAUGAAGAGUUGGCCGCAAAGGAGGAGGAUCUCCUGCCUGUUGCUCUGCUGUGGGUUUCGCUGUUUUUGCUCACCGUCUGUUCAUGGGCCAAUAUCCGGCCGCGCGUAUCGAUAUAUACGUUUGCAAUGGGGCUUCGACGGGAGAUGAGGCGGAGGCUGCACCACCGAGAAAGCACUCUCGGCCUCGCUUCGCGUCGCGCGUGCGGGCGAGGCCAGGCGAGCCUGCGCUGGUGUGUGUUAGAAGCCCUCCCCUGCCCAGAUUCCAGCAUGGUCAACACACAUUUCAUCGCGUAGCCGAUCUCGUUCGCGGUUUAUUCUUCCCUGUCGAACUCUAGGGCAGCAUGUUGACUGAAUGCAUCAGCUACGCUGUCUGGAUAGCCGGCCUGGGAGUGGCAUCGAGGGGAUAUGAACAGAGGGUGCGAGACAGAGAGU